UUUAACGAUAGUGGGGAAGUAUAUUUAACGUAUCCUGCACAGUGAUUUAUUUAUUUAUUUAUUAGUUUAUGCCCUAAAUUGUGUCAAAUUACAGAAAUGUCCUGAUUUUAGUGAAUUAUUUAUGUAAACACGUUUAAGUUAGAGUCAAAUCAACGGCGUAACGUUUUUCUUCAGUAGUUUCCAAACCUCGGAAGUUCCCCAGUGGUCCGGAAGCUGAAGUUCACAAAGUGUCUUUGAACGCCUCAGCGGCUCGAGCCGGGCGGGCUGUUUGUUGAGGAACUUUUGUGGCGAUUGUUUGAUGCUUGGCAACUUUUCAGGCGGGGAGGUUGAAGAAAAACAAAGACGACGCGGGACUAGAAAGGCGUCGAGCGCAGCCUGAGAAGAGCGGCUUCACGGCGGAAGUGAAGGCAUGGGCUGCGGCCAAAGCAAGAAAGGUAAGAAAGGCAACAAGUCCACCAAAGAUGGAGGUAAGCGUCACGCUAACGUGGCGUUGGAGAAACAACUGGAGCGCUUCGAGUGGCAGAUGACCAUUCUCAAAGAAGUGCUCUCAGCCAAUGGCGGCGCAGAGAGGGCGGAGCUUCUCAAGGAACACGCCGACGAAGAAGUGUGCACGCUUGUGCUCGGCAUCCUCGACAAGGUGAAGACAGAGACGGCAGCUCAUGUCAACCUUGUCCAUCAACAACAAAGUCAAAAAGUAUCAGAGCGACACCAGCAACACGUGCACGAGCUGACUCAAGCUCACGAGGAGGUCAAAGGUCAGCUGAUUGAGAGGUUCCACAAGGCUGAGAACACGUUGAAGGACGAGGUAAGUGAGCUGAAGGCGGAGCUAGAGUGUUUCAAGCGGCUGAAGAGGCGUGUCCAAGACUGUACCUUCAAGAAGGAUCUGAUCAGAAACAUCAAGUCGCAUGGCAGUCCAGGUGCAUUCUGGGAGUCUGAGCAGGAGUCUUUACUGUUCGUCAUCGAGAUGAAGAGUGAGCGCGUGCAGGAACAAAACAUGAAGUUGCAGCAGAUGGAAGAACUGACAGAGAAGAACAAGAGUGUGGAGGAGCGUCUAACUCAAGUAUCACAGCACAACGACGAUCUGAGAGGACGUCUGGACAACACACACACUGUCUUAAUGCAGCUGUCCAGGGAGCAUCAGGACAUGAAGGUGGCGCUAGAGAGGCAACUGGCGCUCAACCAGACUCUUGACCGAGAAAAGGAGCUGCUCCUCUUCAAGAUGGCGGACUCGUGUCCCUCCAUCAACGUGGCCGCGGUCUUGUCCCAAGUCACGCCGCUGUGAGCGUCACGCCGUCCUCUUUUGUCCUCGCAAGCUUCGAGUGGAUGAACCACAGACAAAAGUACCACUUUUUAUUUCAAGCUCUUGUUCAAAGUAUUUUACAAAAAAAAACAAAAAAACGUUUUUACGACAUGUUUACUGACCUUAAAAGGAAAUCCUUCCUGUGCCAAACGGUUGGAGUUUCUUCUGACUGAUUGUUUUGUGUUGCUGCUAGCAUGUUAGCAGAAUGUUAGCAUCAUGUUAGCAUGUCAGCAUCAUGUUAGCAUGUUAGCAUCAGGUUAGCAUGUUAGCAUCAUGUUAGCAUGUUAGCAUUAUGUUAGUAUGUUAGCAACAUGUUAGCAUUGUCAUGCCAAAUUUCUUCUUCCUACAAAAACCUUCCCCCCGGAAGACAUUUGGCGUGACAGCCCCUCUAAUGCCCGAAGGACCCCAAUGAGGGUGGAAGGACCUUAAAGCAGUCCACACAGCUGCCUGUUUUAAAGCAUUAUAAUUGGCUGACUGUCAUUGGUGACAAAUAACAGUGAGGAAAAAAUAUUAGCAUUCCAGCAUGCUAACCUUUCAAGCUAUUUUUGCUUUGCUAAUUUUGCAGCUGUAACCCUUAAAAGUCAUAUAACUUGGUUAAAGCAGCCCACACAGCUGCCUGUUUUAAAAUCAUUAUAAUUGGCUGAUUGCCAUUGGUGAAAAAUAACGGUGAGGAAAAAAUAUUAGCAUUCCAGCAUGCUUACCUUUCAAGCUAUUUUUGCUUCGCCUUUUUUGCAGCUGUAAUACCAAGUCAUAUAACUUGGUAUUAUCACGCCCUCAUUGGGGUCCUUCAGGCAUUAGAGGGGCUGUCACGCCAAAUGUCUUCCGGGGCGAAGGUUUUUUGUAGGGGGGAAGACAUUUGGCGUGACAAUAUGUUAGCUUCAUGUUAGCAUGUUAGCAUCAUGUUAGCAUGUAGCUCGACCAUCCUGGUCCUGUGCCAAAAAAAAAAAGCGUGUUCAGUGUUGUGAAAAUGAGAAUUGUUGUCAAGCACUCGCACUUUUUCACAUGCAUGUUAACUUUUUAUUGUUACAUUGAGGAAAAUGUAUUAUUUUUUUUUUCUUUGAGUGGGGUCAAAAAUCUCAAUAAAAAGUUCACAACAAC